AUGCAGGAGUUUAUUAACCUUAAGCAAGGUAGUAUGAGUGUUCAAGAGUACUCUCUAAAGUCUACUCAAUUCUCCAAGUAUGCUUCAACUUUAGUGGAGGAUUCAAGGGAUAAGAUGAAUCAUUUCAUGAUGGGAGCGUCCGACUUAGUGCAAAAAGAAUGGUGUAUAGUAAUGCUUAUGGAUGAUAUGGAUAUCUCACAUCUUAUGGUUUUUGCCCAACGAAUUGAAGAGUCCAAACUCGAGGAAGAAUCUAGGGAGAAAAAAAGGUCCAGAUUGGGUGAUGAUGAAUUUGAUGGAGAUGGUCGCCCUAGGUUUAGACUAAAGUACCUCAGGCAAAGUCCCUCAAGUACUCCUAAGUUCAACCAAAAGAGGCUGUCUAACCAUAAGUCUCAAGAAGAUGGUAGUGAGAUUCUAUUGUCGGGGUGUAGUAAGUGUGAUAGAAGGCAUGAGGGUGAAUGCUUAGCGGGUUCUUAUGUUUGUUUUGGUUGUGGUGAGUUAGGCCACAACAUAAGGCAUUGCCCUAAGGUUUCUAGAAAUGAAGAGGAUAGUCGUCGUAGGUCCCAACCUUACCCUUCCUCUGGUCCAAUUGGUUUGGGUGGGAAGGCUUCAAGGAAGAAUAGGCCUUAA